AUGACAUUUCUUCAAAAUGUCAUCUUGAAAUUGAAAAGUAUCCUUGCCUCACUCUGGCAGUAUAAAGGAAUUAGAACUUUUUCUUGUUGGGUCGGGCAACUUGGAAUAUGUUUCUUGCCGUUCAAUCGUACAACCUCGACGUGUGUGACCGAUAUGGAGCCUAUGGGAAUUCCAAGCUUCUUGCGAAACUAUACCAAUGAGUAUAGAAUCCAGCAAAGAACCAUAGGUCCACAAAUAGCACAACAAAAACAAAAGAACGAGGCGGAUUCGUUUCCACAGAAUCCAAGGCCUGUUUUCACUGGGCCUGUCAGUCUUGUUGUUCUGACUCUUGUUUUGUGUUGGUUGUGCGAAAGCCAACCAGACGACGGCCCAGUGAAAACAGGCCAGGGUUGUGCGAAAGCUGACCGACUGACUGACAGGCCCAGUGAAAACAGGCCAGGGUUGUGCGAAGCCAACCAGACUCGACGGCCCAGUGAAAACAGGCCAGGUGACAAAAAAAUAUGCGAGUGUGGAUUUGUGGCGCGAAGGCCUAGGCAUCUGCUUAGGCACAAGAAAUACAAUUGUCCAAGAAAGAAGGCCAACAACGCAAACAAACCAGCACAGAACGAAAGUGCGGGGCUAAGCGCGGAAGAACAGAGGGUUGUCUCCAACCUCAACAACGACGUUGUGGAGGAACUCAUUACUCUCGAGUUGGACGAGACAGAUGUGCAGGCGCUAAUCCAAGAACUUGGAGAUAUUCCUAACUUUGAAUUUUUAUAA